UGCCACAACACUACAAACAGAGUGAGUGAAAUUACCUUUUGUAGUACAACAUAUACUCCUAGUUUGUGGGAGAGAAAUAUCAGUGAGAGAGAGAUGGCUAGGGGGUGUAUGAGUAUCUUGGUGCUGGUUCUAGCUCUUGCUGUGGCUGCAAGUGCAAGAACUACACCAAGCGAUGCUGGUCUGAACGACCAGAAGAACUUCGUCUCGUAUGGUGGUAUUGGAGGUAUUUCAGGUAUUGGGAACAACGGGCUGCCUUUUGGAGGAGCCGGAGUAGGUGGCGGGUUCGGCGGUGGGCUUGGGGGUGGGCUUGGCGGCGGACUCGGUGGCGCCGCUGGCAUAGGAGGUAUUGGUGGUGUGGGCCCUAUUGGUGGCGGUUUUGGAACCGGAACUGGCGGUGCUGGGGUUGUUCCUUUCCCUUGAGAUAGACCAACGUGCCUGGCAUGGCUUGUAGUCUUUCUUUUACCUUUCGAUCGUUUUAAUCUGUGUUUUUUGUCGUUUAAGUUCUUGUCGUGCGUAGCAUUUCGCUAACGUUUAUCGUGUCCUUCCAACUCUGUUUUAAGUUUUAUAUAUUGUGAGCGUUAUAUAUAUAUAUAUAUAUAUAUAUAUAUUUGUGAUCAUGUAUGUUUCAGCUGGAAGUAACGUAAGCAAUAUGUGAGUUUAAGGCCAUUUUAUGAAUGCAUUCUUUUUUC